GCGUUUUCUUAUUUCCUAAAAAGCCUUAUAUUCCCAAAAGUCAACGCCUUCUCUCUCUCUUCUUCACACCUUCUCCCUUCUCUCUCUCUCUUUCUUCACCACUUCCUUCUUCUUCUCUCUUGUGUUUUCCUCUCUAUCAAGUUCCAUAAUCCACACCAUGAACAACUCUUUGUAGCAACCUUGUAAUCUCUCUCUCUCUCUCUCUCUCUCUCUCUCUCUCUCUAUCUCUCGCUCUAUUUUUUUCUUCUUUUUUUGGUAUAUUGCGAUAUGGGAAACGGCAUAGGGAAGCUGACGGUGUGCUUCACCGGAAGCGGCGGAGGUGGAGGGCGCCGCCGCAAGCACGACAUAUCCAUCGUAUUAACAGAGCCACUAGACGAGGGUCUGGGACACUCGUUCUGCUAUGUUAGGCCCGACCCGACCCGAAUAUCAUCCUCGAAGGUUCACUCGGAAGAAACCACCACUUUCAGAACAAUCUCCGGCGCGUCCGUGAGCGCCAACACAUCGACGCCACUCUCAACUUCCUUUGUGGAUCUCUACUCAUACGGUUGCAUCGAUAGAGCUGCGGCUUUCGAGAGCUCAACCUCUUUCGCCGCGCUUCCUCUUCAACCCAUUCCAAAGGGCUUCACCAAUUCGGGUCCAUUUUCCGGUAACUUAAACGGGUUUCCAGCAUCGGGUCCUCUUGAGAGAGGCUUCAUGUCAGGCCCGAUUGAGCGUGGAUUUAUGUCGGGCCCAAUCGACCGGGCCGGGAUCUUCUCCGGCCCGAUGGAUAGAGACAGUUCCGAUCAGUUUCAGAGAAGCUUCUCUCAUGGCGGUUUGAUAUCGGGUAUUGGGAUUCGACCCGGAACGAGGAAGACCCGGUGGAUUCGGGUGCUGCGGAGGGCUAUUUCGAAGACCCUUCGGCAAGGUUCGAUCGUGGCUCCGAUCAAAGGGGUGGCGCCGGCGGGAAGGGAGCCACCGGAGUGGGUUAUUGCGGCGGCGGAGAAGCAGAACGAAAACACGGUUAACAGCGUGAAUUUCAGCAGCGAAGGGAGCUUCUUGGAGGACGAUGAUUCAACGACGGCGGCGAUGGAAGGUCACCAGAACGUUCAGUGGUGUCAGGGGAAAGCAGGGGAGGACCGUGUCCACGUGGUGGUGUCGGAGGAACACGGUUGGGUGUUCGUGGGGAUCUAUGAUGGAUUCAACGGCCCAGAUGCGCCUGAUUACUUGCUUUCGAAUCUGUACAACGCAGUGCACAAGGAGCUCAAGGGUUUGCUUUGGGAUGAUGGGGUUGAUGGGAAUUCCAAUUUGGGGGUUAAAGAUUCGAUCUUGACAACUGGGGAUGAUGAUGGCGAUGCUUGUGCUGGCUGUGUUGAUCAACAGAAUAAUAAUAAUAUGAAUGACGAAGAUGGGUCAUCUUGUGCUGCAAGUGGUGCUGGGGAUUCUAAUUUUGAUGAUCAUGGUUUGAAGAGAAAAAAGCGUGGUGGAAAUGGAAAUGGAAGUGGAAGGAGUUGUAAGAACAAGUACAGAGGCGCUGCAAAGAAAUGGGAGGAGAAUCAGAUGAGGUGGAAGUGCGAGUGGGACCAUUCCGAUGUGUUGGAAGCUCUGUCUCGGGCUCUUAGGAAGACGGAGGAGGCUUUCUUGGACGUGGCGGAUAACAUGGUGAUGGAGAAUCCUGAGCUUGCUCUAAUGGGGUCUUGUGUUCUUGUGAUGUUGAUGAAAGGUGAAGAUGUUUAUGUGAUGAAUGUUGGAGAUAGUAGAGCUGUUCUUGCUCAGAAGGCUGAGCCUGAUUACUGGCUUGGCAAGAUUAGGCAGGACUUGGAGAGGAUCAAUGAGGAGACCAUGAAUGAUCUCGAGUCCUGGGAUGUCGAUCGAUCCACCUUGGUCCCUACUCUCACCUCCAUUCAGCUCACCAAGGAUCACAGCACCAACGUUGAUGAGGAAAUCCAAAGAAUAAGAAAAGAGCACCCGGAUGAUCCCUUCGCGCUUGUAAAUGAGCGCGUCAAGGGAUCUCUCAAGGUUACUCGGGCAUUUGGUGCCGGAUUUCUCAAACAGCCCAAGUGGAACAAUGCAUUGUUGGAGAUGUUUAGAAUAGACUAUGUGGGAAGUUGUCCUUACAUAAGUUGCAUGCCAUAUCUAAAACACCAUAGAUUAGGACCAAAGGACAAGUUUUUGAUUCUAUGUUCAGAUGGCUUGUACCAAUACUUGUCAAACGAAGAAGCAGUUGCCGAAGUUGAACUUUUCAUCACAUUGCAACCUGAAGGAGACCCUGCUCAGCAUUUGGUUGAGGAAGUCCUAUUUCGUGCUGCAAAGAAAGCUGGUUUAGACUUUCACCAAUUGCUUGAAAUUCCACAAGGUGAUAGACGUCGAUACCAUGAUGAUGUCUCCAUCAUUGUUAUUUCUUUGGAAGGAAGGAUAUGGAGAUCAUGGGUAUAAUCAUAGUCAAAAUCUUAUAUAAUAUAAUAUUAAAAAAAAAAAAGAGGAAAUGACUCAAAUGAGAGAAAUUCUGCCUAAGGGUCAAGGCAUUACCAUUUUGGUGUUUUUACCUUUUUACCCCCCUCAUUGCUCACCCUUUUGUAAAAUAGCAACUAGGCUAUUAGAAACUGGGAGUGUGUCUAGAAGACUAGUUGUACAAUUCAACGAGUGAUAGGGAGGAUUGUAAAGUUAUUUAAAAAAAAGAAGCUGGAUUUUGUUCAUUAUAA